UAACGUAAUCAUGACUACAUUUUCGUUAGAGAUUACUUCGGUGGAAAAUUUAGCACCGUCUGAUGUUUCUCUCUUAAGGGUUUACCAAAAGAAAAUAUUUUGAAACGAAGGCAUUUGUACCGCACUUGACAUCUGCAAAAAAAAAAAUGUGUUGACUUUUGCGGCAAGGGAAGUGAAUGUUGCGAGAUUCACUGACGGACGAGAGGCACUUUCCGAACUUGGCUCUGGAGUUUUCGGAAUCGUCCAUUACCCUCAACGGCAGUCGGAUUGAGAACAUGUAGGGGGAUAGAUAGAGGGGAAAAAAGGAAGCGUGAUCCUACAAGCAGCCAGAAGGAGUGUCAAGACAUUACAAGGUAUGAGCUGAAAGUAAUGGAGUAGAGGCUUUGAUAAUCUGUUUGUGGGUUUGGCAAGUGAUAUCCAACAGAUUAAUUGCUGCAACAGGUCGACAUUUAAUAAGAUCGUGAAGAAAUAGCAUCGCCAAAAAGGAGGAGGCGGCGCGGGCGGCAGAGGUACGAUGGGAGAAUGGAGUUUCCUGAGCGACUGGCUGGACUCGAUCAAGACGCACGCCCCCAUGCUGGGGCGUGUGUGGCUGCUUCUCAUGAUGAUAUUCCGCAUUCUUGUCCUGGCCACGGUGGGGAGCGACAUCUUCGAAGACGAGCAGGAAGAGUUUGCCUGCAACACACUCCAGCCAGGUUGCAAGCAGGUCUGCUACAACAAGGCCUUUCCCAUCUCGCCCUACAGGUUCUGGGUCUUCCACAUAGUCUUUCUCUCAGUGCCGUCCUUGCUGUUUGUCGUCUACGCCGUCCACCUGUCCACGAAGGACGAGGAGACGCAAGAGAAGAUUGGCAUCAUCCAAAGGAAGGAACCAUUGGCCGGCGACGGAGUGCCAAGGAUACAGCAGUGCUAUAUUGUCCACGUUAUCCUUCGGCUUCUGGCUGAAGUUGGGCUGGUUGUGUCCCAGUAUUUGAUAUUUGGCUUCACAAUCGAGCCGCAGUUUAUCUGCACGGGUUUCCCCUGCCCGCAUACCGUGGACUGUUUCGUCUCCCGCCCAAUGGAGAAGACGGUGUUUUUGAUGUUUUAUUUUGUGGUCAGCAUCCUCUCCGCCCUGAUCAGCUUCGUGGAGUUGGUGCACAUAUUUAAGAAGAUAUUCAGCCAACGGCAACUAAACCCGUUUGAGAAGCAGAACCGGUCAAACAGUGACUAUGAGAAGGGUCGAGAACCACACACGGUCCAGUUACUGGACAAGAUGGUCAUGGUGAACCUUAACUCCAACCACUCUGACAUCGAUUCUACUCACAAGACCAAGUCCUUGGGCAGUAGUAACAGUCGAAGAUCUUCCCAAUCGAGUGCAAAGAAACCUCCUCUCUACAUCUAAGAACUGCAACAGAACUGUGAUGCAGCAAUGACAAGGAACUGCAAACAUUUCAGGUGCAAAAAGUCACGUACAAAUCCUUAUGCAUAUUGAGUCCAAAUCAGAAUCGAUUGUCAUUCAUCCAUUUCCAAUUUCAUUGAGCUUGUAUAUUUGGUUAAUUGUUUACCCGUUAUUUGACUGCUCGUUAUCAAACAAUGGAAGUUGGUAAGAUGUUCUGGAAACUGACCUGAUCACUUAUUAAUUGGAGAUUAGGGUCAACAGGGUGAUGCAGCUAGUGAAGCUGCCACAUCAAGGCUCCUACGCCCUCUGGUGGUGUGGAGUUGGCAUGCUCUCCCUGUGCCCGCAAAGGGGUUUCUCCUCCAGGUGCCCGGGUUUCCUUCCACAUGCCCAAGACGUACGUGCGGGUUGAUGGGCUAGUUGGCCACGGUAAAUCGGCCCCUGUUGUGUGGGGCCGAGUGGUGGAGUCUGGGAAGGGUUUGUGAGAAUAGAUUAGUGAUCAGUGCGGGAAUAGUGCGCUUGUUGGCUGGCGUGGCCUCAGAGGGGCCAAAGGGCUUGUUUCUAUGCUGCAUGUAUUUGAUGGAGAACGGGCCUUGCUGAUGGUGGGAGGUGUGGGUUCAGUGGGCUUCCGGGGGGUCCGUGACAGAGCAGAAUUUGCAGGCCAAGUAUCUGCCUGAAACAGUGGGCACAACCCAUUCAGUCCCUCAUGGGAGUGGAAGGUGAGUUAUGAAACCAUCUGGAAACGUUCCAUUUUGUUCAUGUUGACCUUUUCCUUCUAAUUGUCCUUCACUUCAGUCUAGUUUAUUCUCACGUACACCGAGGCACAGUGAAAAGCUUUUGUUGCGUUCUACCCAGUC